AUGCGACGCAGCGAUUCCUCACUAUCAAAUACGGAUGAGUCUCGAGUCGGUCUCCUGGACGAGAAACACGACCACUUUCAUGACGAUCGAGCAGCCCAACGUUCAACAUCGACAGCUUGGCUGAAGAAUCCGCCAGCCAACAAGAUCCUCCUCAGUUGGCCAUGUCUUCCCUUCCGGCACGUUGGUCGAUUACUCGGUCAUAUACUACAGAUAUUGCUGCCGAGUUUUCUUCAGCCUCGCCAGCAACAUACCUCUGGCAAGAGUGACAGCCUCCCACCAACGGCAUUCCUGGAUGGCAUGCGAGGACUGGCCGCCUUUGUUGUGUUCAUAUGCCAUUUGACCUACGGCACGUUCGAGAUCGGUCAUGCUUGGGGAGCAGACCCUGAUCCGGAAUCCCAUGACCAGGCCGACAAUGUCAACAAGGAAUUCUUCCGUCUUCCCGUCGUUCGACUAUUGUACAGUGGCCCUCCGAUGGUCGCCAUCUUCUUCGUCAUUUCCGGCUAUGCUCUCAGCUGCAAACCCAUCAAGUUGAUGCGAUUGCAAAAUCAUGAACAACUCAUGACCAGUAUGAGCUCGGCCAUGUUCCGCCGUGGCCUCCGACUGUUCUUACCUUGCUUCGCCUCGACAUUUCUAGUCAUAUGUCUAGCUCAACUCGGCUUGUACCAGAAAACCGAGGUCUUUGUGAAUCAGGUGCGCAUGCAACGCGAGGACCACUGCUACACCCAGCCCAACCCUUGGCUGCAGUUCACCGACUGGCUACAACAGAUGCACAUCUUUGUUGAUGUGUUCAACUGGUCGCUGUAUGCCGGCUCAAUCGAACUCGACCGCCACCUAUGGACCAUUCCUGCCGAAUUUCGUUGCAGCUUGGGCCUUUUCCUAAGCCAUAUGAUGGUGUCAAGAAUGUCUACGAAGUUUCGCGUCUUGACCCUUUCAGCGUUGAUAGUCUGGGGAGUAUCGUGGGAUCGAUGGGAACUGUGUCCCUUUUGGGCUGGAGCGAUCAUUGCAGAAUUGGACAUCAAAAGGCUCAGCAAGACAUCCGAUGGCGAUCUUUCUUGUACAGGUUCAAAACCUACCGACCACCCAGAAUGCAACCGAGCCAUGUCUGAGAUAUUCUACGGACUCAUGUUUGUUGUGUCGUUGUUCCUCCUCUCGUACCCGGACGCUGCCGGCCACGCGACACCAGGCUACAUCACGCUCACCAAGCUGAUCCCGGCCGCGUUCACACAGAAACAUCGCUUCUGGCCGACCAUAGGUGCUGUCAUGGUUAUAUGGUCUUCUUGUCGAUUGAGAGGACUGCGCGAUAGGGUGUUUUGUUUUGGUCCUGUACAGUAUCUCGGCAAGAUCAGUUUCCCGUUGUAUGUCAUGCACGGUCCGGUUAUACACACGUUGGGAUAUUCGAUCCUUCCGAAAACACCCAUCCACGAAACACCCGAAAUCAUGCGUCGAUUCGAACUCGACUUUUUGACAGCGUCCAUUUUGAUCGUCUUGGCCGUCAUCUGGGCGGCAGAUGUGUUUUUGAGGUUGGUGGAUAUACCAUGCGUAAACCUCUCCAGACGACUGGAGAAGAAGUUUUUUGUUUCUUGA